ACACGCACACACAUAUAUAAAUAUGUUUGUGUGUGUAUGUGUGUGUGUGCAUGUUUGCAGUAAGGAAAAAUAUGAAGCUUUUCGGAUGAAAUCGAGCGAGAGAGAGGAACAUUUAAGAAUUUUAAGUCGAUGUAAUGAGAUGAACGUAGAAAGAAAUGUUCUCAGGUUCGUAUAGAAGCGUGUAAUCCUAUUAAACAGAGAAAUCUUGUUUACGAAGUAUUCUAGAAAUUGUUUUCAUUUCUAAAUGAAAACAACUAUUUCUUGGUAAUUAAUGUAAACCAAAGAUGGAUCCAGUUUUUCUAUAAUGUAUAAAUUGUUGUUGGAUUUGAGAAGUUUCCAAAAAUGAUUUGUGAAUUCGUUUGUAUUGUCACAAAUGAUCCGUUUCAUUGGUGUUAAACGACGAUUAAUAUUCAUAUAGCUAACCUAUAAAAACAAAAUGUAGUUCCUAUGCUAAACUAUUUACUGGCAGAAUGUUAGCAACUCCUCAAAGACUUCUUCUCCAUUGUGCGACACCUUGUUCUAAAAUUAGAUUCUAUUAAACGAUUCCUCCGAAGAGGGGAACAAAAUAGAAAAAGAGAAAAAAGUGGUCGACCGAGAAAAGAAAGAUUGAGAAGAGAAAACCAUGGAGAUAAUAGGCAUCUUGUGGAUCGUUUAUUACCAAAUUUUCAACAUUGGAAUAGUUAAUUCUCAACCUCCUCUCAGACCGCAAAAAGAUAUUCAAAAAUCAGAAGCUUUGGAAUAUCUCCUCCGAACAACAGAUUACCGGAAGGGCUUUCCUCCAGAAUUUAAUUACGAUAGACCAACAGAAAUCACAUGUCAGAUUAUGAUAGACAGCAUCGAUUCGAUAAAUGAAGCAACAAUGGAUUUUACACUAAGUAUGUUUUUAUAUCAGCGAUGGUGUGAACACCGUUUAAUGUUUCGAGGAAUCGUUAACACAACCUAUUUAGAACUAGAUGCAAAUGCUAUAAAAGAAAUAUGGGUACCAGACUUGUAUUUCCCAAAUGAAAAACGUUCAAAUUUCCAUGAAGUUACAAUGGCAAAUAGGAUGCUCCGAAUAAAUGAAGAGGGAAAUACGCUUUUUUCUAUGAGAAUCACGAUGACAUUAACAUGUAAAAUGAACCUUCGAAAUUUCCCAUUCGACAAACAAGUUUGUUCAAUGCAGGUAGCCAGCUUCAGUUACACGAACUCAACAUUAUUAUUGAAAUGGUUUCCUGUCAAAGCAGUUCAAAUAAGCAAGGAUGUGGUUGACACACAAUUCAUAAUGCAGAAGGUCUCACAGUCUGAAUGUGUGAACUUUGUUCGACAAGAAGGCAACCAUAGCUGUCUUCAAGCAAAUUUUCACUUGACUCGUAGUGUGGGUUACUACGUUGUCCAAAUGUACAUCCCAACAAUACUCAUUGUCGUCCUGUCUUGGUUAUCCUUUUGGUUGAAUGUCGACUCAGUGCCCGGACGUAUAUCUCUUGGUGUACUCACAGUUCUCACAACAACCACUCAAAUUUCAUCCGUCAAUGCAACUUUGCCAAGGGUCUCUUAUACAAAGGCCAUAGAUAUCUGGAUGGCGACCUGUCUGCUAUUUGUAUUCGCUGCAUUACUUGAAUUUGCUGUUGCUAAUAUCUUAAGCAGGAAAGAAACAAUGAACGGAUUCUUCUUUCAACAUGUUUACAGCAAAGACGGUAAACAAACCCACACCAAUUACAAAUCGGAGACAAAGUCAGACCCAACUGGUUCAAUCAACAAAGACUGUGAUGUAGAAGGUGGUAUACGAAAACGAACUGGAAUUUGGUAUGCUUGUAUUCUGGAUAGUUCUUCCAGAAUUGCUUUCCCUUUAAUGUUUGCCCUUUUCAAUCUAAUUUAUUGGCCGACUUAUCUAGGAAAAACAGACUAAUUAAAUCUUCCCCUUCAUAGCAUCAUUUUUAUAAAUUUCUGGACUUAAUCCUAAGGAGAGGAUCUGUCCUGAUAAAUGGCUGUAAAAAUUAUAUCCAAACCAUUGUGCUUUGAAGAACAUUGUUUCCUGACGGAGAUAUUUAUUCAAUUGUCUCCCAAAAGAUUUCCUUGAAUUCUUCUAUUUUGUCUUCUCAUCUUGUGUCUUAUUUUCUCUCUUUCACAAUUACCAUAUUUCGUGGCAUAUAAGAUGGAAUUUGUUGAAGCAGAAAUCGUGUAGCCAGAAGCCCCUUCUGUCGUCAACCUUUACUUGUUUGCAAGCAAGGUAUUAUUUCUCCAUAGCUAGACAUGUUUUUCACAGAAGACUGGAAACAAACAAUCUUGCUAGUAUGAGGAUGAUGAUGAUGAUGAUACUCAUUUACAACCAUCACAAGAUGUCCUGACAACGGUACGCACAAGCGCAUAUACAUGUAUUCAAACACACACACACACACACACACUAGAUGAACCCUAAUUUCAGCAGCACUUAUUUUGGAAAAAACGUUUGGGGGGGUUUAAAGCUGACAGGAAACCCAACUUUGCAUAUAGGGCUCAGGGUAAUUUUUUUGAGACAUUAUUUUUUAACACAAGCGUCUUAUAUGCU